GGGCUCACGUCCCGAUCGCGGCUUGAGUGGCCCAGGGCGGGGGAACCUGGAAGUUUUAGCCUCGCUGCUCCUGAGGCGGAUUAAUUAGCCCGAGAAACAUUAUAUUCAUUUUUCUGGAUAUGCCGCAGAAGGAUCCGUGCCAGAAACAAGCCUGUGAAAUACAGAAAUGUUUACAAGCCAACAACUACAUGGAAUCUAAGUGUCAGGCUGUCAUCCAAGAACUGCGUAAGUGUUGCGCUCGAUAUCCUAAGGGAAGAUCUCUCGUCUGUUCGGGAUUUGAAAGAGAGGAGGAAGAAAAGCUGACACUGAAGCCGACAUCAAAGUGAAGUUCUGCUGAAAAGUUAAAUGCUGCACCAUGUAUCCACCAAGCAAGUUUGUCUCCCUCUUUCUUUGGGCCAGGUAGCAGCACAUAUCAAAUAAAAAAGUCAACUAUAAAAGUUAAUGAAUAUGCCAUCUAUGCAGAACAGAUAGAAAUAUAUUAAAUAUGUAGAAUGUAAUAAAACUGAGCUGCUAAAAUAAACCUGUUAAGUGAAA